ACGCAAUUAAAUUGGAAUUUCUGGGCAACGGUGGAGCAAAUGCUUAAGAAGUUUGAAGCAGACUUGAUACCCGAAUUCUGCACUCCACUGUGCUGCUUCUGCCGGUUCAAUGGAGCUGAAAACGCAUUCACAUCGUCGAUGGCCGCAACAACGAGCAGAACGACGACAACAACCAUGCCCGGAGGCAGUCACACGGACAAUGUUAUUGACACCCCAGCGACAAGGUUUCGAUUUCAGGCCCUCCGACGACCAGUGCCCCACCCUACUGUCCCUAUCUACUCGACAUUCACACCCAGGAUUAUGGGCAUGGGACGAACGCAUCCUUUGUCGACGCGUCCUGCGCUUGAUUGGCACUUUUGCUGA